AUUGGAUGCCAGUGAUAGAGUAAAAGACUAAAGCAGCUUGUGAAUUUUACUUAGUUGUCAUGGGCCCUCGGGGGUCGAUGGAGUGGCUCCGCUGACUCACAAGAGGAAAAGGACAGAAGACGCAUGAAGAAACAACAACAAAACAAACACAAGUGACAAGAAGUAACUCAGGACAACAAGGCUUUUAUAAGUAACAGCACAGGAGAAACAGAGUGAGGGGUCUUCAUCGCGGUGCAGAGAAAGAGAGAGAAAGAUCAGCCACAUCCAUCAGUGCAUCCUCCACCAGGAAGACUCAGACAUGAAGAGACCUCACGACUACAGCUCCCCCGACUCGGACACAGACGAGUUUAUUGACGUGGGACAAGAGGACAGCUACUGCCCAGUCACCGGGUCCAUGUCUCCUGGCAGCGCCUCACAGAUUCUGGCCCGAAAGAAGAGAAGAGGGAUCAUAGAGAAGAGGCGCAGAGACCGGAUCAACCACAGCCUGUCAGAGCUCAGGAGGCUGGUGCCCAGUGCUUUUGAGAAACAGGGUUCGUCUAAGCUGGAGAAAGCAGAGAUCCUGCAGAUGACAGUGGACCACCUCAAACUCCUGCACGCCAUGGGAGGAAAAGGUUACUUUGAUGCGCGGGCCCUGGCGGUGGACUACAGGACUCUGGGCUUCAGGGAGUGUGUUGGGGAGGUGGUGCGGUACCUCAGCUCCCUGGACGGGGACUCCCCGGACCCCAUCGGAGCCCGCCUUGUCUCCCAUCUCUCCCACUGUGCCAGUGAGCUAGACCCCCUCCUCCUGCAGACGCCCCCAGCCUCCGCCCUGCCCUUCCCUCCCUGGCCGUGGGCCUCCUUCCCUCAGAUCUCCCCCUCCUCACCGGCCUCCUCCUCACCUCCCUUCCCCAGUGGGAGGAGAGACCUGGCCCUGCUGGGGAGCUACCCUUCGCCCGCCUCCCUGCGCCUCGGCCCCCUGGCUGGCUGCCAGCAGGGGGUCCCGCCGCUCCUCGCGCCCUCCGCCCUGGCCUCCAUCCACCGGGUGCCCUCCCUGGCGGCGUCCCCGGCCCUCGGCCCCUCCAGACCCACCCAGCCGUCCCCCCACAGCGCCACCAGGGCCUCGCCUCUUCCCCUCCCCACCCCUUCCUCUUCCUCUCCCUCCUCCUCCUCCUCCUCCUCUGCUGCUUCAUCAUCUUCUGCCCCGCUGCAAGUCUCAUUCAGGCCCUUCGCUCCUCUGGGGUCUCCCACAGCCCAGCGCAGGGGCAUGAGCGGACCGGCCAAGCCAGCCCAGGGAUGGGGGACUGAGAUCGGAGCUUUCUGAGGGGUCGACUCGGGUUUUUUUUCUUUCCAAAUGAACUCUGUACAGUGGACGUGGAGCUCCCGUGCGCACCAUGUAGCAAAUAUGAAACCGUUGGAGAAAGACUGGUUCAAUCUUUGAUGGUCGUCUCUGCUUUUGAGGGACUCUAAAAGCCAUAUCAGACUGUGGGUGAAGUUUCAGAUAAUCACAAUCAUAUAUAAUGGAAAAAUGAAGGAACGUGAAAGAUUUGAAUAAAUUCCUGGUCGCGAUCUUUGCUUGACAUACACAUAAACAUUGUCCAACAGAGCCAUAUUAUAUAUAAAACACUCAGCGUGUUGACUUUUUACUGAUCUUUUAACUGUGAUAUGUUUUUUUCUCCCAAAACAUUUAUACAAUUGAUUAUAUUUUCCAAGUCUGAAGAAUGUUUGACAAAAAUCUCUAUAAAAACGAAGUGCCUUUA